CGUCGUUAUCGUCGCCAAUUUACGCUGUGCCCCCCACUAAUUAUAAACCCUAAACCUAGGGCUUCGUCACCACUCCACUCUUCUGUCGAAGUAGCCGCCGGGGAAUCGUAGCAACACAACCAUGGGUCGUAUGCACAGUCGCGGCAAAGGUAUAUCUGCCUCUGCUUUGCCCUACAAGCGCACCCCUCCCAGUUGGCUCAAAGUCACCUCUCAAGAUGUCGAUGAAAAUAUCUGCAAGUUUGCGAAGAAGGGCCUGACGCCGUCGCAGAUCGGUGUUAUUCUCCGUGAUUCUCACGGUAUUGCUCAGGUCAAGAGCGUCACUGGAAACAAAAUCCUUCGCAUUCUCAAGGCUCACGGGCUUGCACCGGAGAUUCCAGAGGAUCUUUACCAUCUGAUCAAGAAGGCCGUUGCAAUUCGCAAGCAUCUGGAGAGAAACAGGAAGGACAAGGACUCCAAGUUCAGGUUGAUUCUUGUGGAGAGCAGGAUUCAUCGCCUUGCACGAUACUACAAGAAGACCAAGAAGCUGCCCCCUGUUUGGAAAUAUGAAUCAACAACAGCCAGUACUCUGGUUGCUUAAAGGAAGCAGUCAAUUUUUAGGGCAUGGGAUGCUAAAUACUGGGAAAAUGAGCAGGUGCCUCAUGAAGUUUUGUUGCUAGUCGUGUGUUUAGGACUGAUCAAAUUAGGGUUGGGCAUGGAAUACUAUGCUACUCUGUUUUCUUAUGCAAUUUUACCUACUAUGAUUACACUUGAUCUACCGAGCAACGGGCACCUCUUGGUUUUUUUUUUGAUCUUUCAUAAGCUGUAUCCUUUUGCCAUCCUAAACCUUGGAAGGGGGAAUUGCUUGAAAACAUUUCCUGCUA